GCGGCUUCAAUUGAAUUCAAUUAGAGCCAAUCGUUCUCGCCGGAGAGCGUUCGGAAAUCACCGGCGCUCUCGGUUGCGUGCCGCAUACGAAAUCGUGGGAAGCGAUGAUCGACGAUGAAAUUUUCGCCGAAGAAAUUCUCUCGUCAAAAGAGGGAGUCUGCGAGAGCGGGAGAAAGUGCGCGCGGUAGUCCUCGAGGCAGCUCGGGGUGUAUACCCAUGUAUACCAACCGAGCGCGUAGCUGUGCUGAUGACGGCGAACGGUUGAAGUUCCGUGUAUCCACGAUCGGCGCUAGAUGCGCCGUCGCCGCCGCCGCCGCUGCGGAGUGCGGUAAGCGGUAAGCGGUUGUGGCAAGGCAACCGCCGUCGCCGUUCACCGCGUCCGCCGCCGUCGCUUACGCGUCCGCCCAAAAGCCCAGUACAGUGCACACAGCGCGUCUCUGGUUGUCUCUUGGUCGACCGAUCGCCAUCAUGAAAACAUUCGCCCGUCGUUAUCGUUGUUUCGCCUCCGUCCUUGCGGGCUAGCGUGGAUUGGAGAUAAUAUCGAGCGUCGGGGAAGUCUGGACGAUCCGCGUGCGCGAGCGAACACGGCCACGUUCACAGCGCGUUCCACCACGGCUCGUCCGUCGCCGCAGUCACCGCCACCGCCGCCGCUGCCAUCACCACCGCCACCACCACACACGGGAAGCACGGGAACGGGAACGGGAAGCACGGGAACGCGAGGCGAAGGCUGCCCCGUAAGCCCCGUUUCGUUGGUGAUUGCGCGUGCUGCGCGAAGUGCGCCGCGGGAGGAUUAUAAAACGAGGAAGAGAGAGACAGCCAUCGUGACGUGGGAAAGAGACAGGCGAUUCUCUCCCGACAGUCCUAUUGUGAGCGGGGUGUCCGCGGAUCGCGAUAAGAGGAUACGGCUGCCGCCACUUAAAUGCCUCGCACAAAUUCCUACUCCAUGUUGUGCAUCGGUUGCGACACGGCUGCGUGUUGGAAAGUGAGUACAUGGUGACACACGGUUGCAGAGGAGCAAUUGGGAAGAGAGCUGCAGCAAAGGACUACACCUAGUUAUCCUACACAAAGCUGACUGCAACUUUCCACUGUUUCUCAAGGCAGUGAUCGCAACUAGGAUAUAAACAGAAGUUUCCUUGAUUUACGAAGAGUGUACACUAAUAAAAGACGAGAGUUAUGGAACGAGAGUCUAAUCCUAUGCAAGCUCUGUGUCGCAGUGGCUGUGGAUUUUAUGGCUCGCCAGCUACUGAUGGCCUUUGUUCCCUUUGCUAUAAGGAAAAUCUAAAAAAGAAGCAGCAGCCACCAGUGUCAGCUGCUACCGUACCAACCUCACAGACUGUCUCCAGCAACGCUGGCACGUUGCAAAGCAGUUUUGGUAGCCCAGCAGCUACAGGAACGACGGCCCAACCUACCAUUCCUACUAUACCUCAGUCAACGUCGGAUCUACCCAGUCCCAAAGAAGUAAACAGAGAAGAUCAGGAAAGUGAAGUAGGUGUAAGCAGUGCAGUAGCUGAAGGUUCAUCAGCGAGUAGUGGCGAUGUAGAUGACUCCUUUGAUGGCAAAGAGACUGAUAAAGAAUCUAAGAAGAAGAAAAAUCGUUGUGCUGUAUGUCGUAAAAAAGUUGGUUUGACUGGAUUUGAGUGCCGUUGUGGAGGACUAUUCUGCGCCGUGCAUCGAUACAGUGACAAGCACGAUUGCAAAUUCGAUUACAAAGAAAUGGGCGCUCAAGAAAUUCGGCGCAACAAUCCAGUUGUUGUUGGUGAAAAAGUGCAAAAAAUUUGAACUAUUUAGUGUGUAGUCGUUGGGAAAAUGGUUAUUAUAACUAUAUAAACAAACAGAAUAUAAAAAAAAACACGCAGAAAACGAGAUAAAUUAUCUGGCAGCUGAUUCGCACGUCGAGGGGUGAAACGAGCGAGCGUGUAAGAUCGUAAGCGAGCGAGAGAAUGAAUGAGUGAGCGCACAAGAGCGACAGUAAAAUUGUUUUGUAGCUGAAUGUCGAGGUAAGAUAGAAAAAUGAAGAAAAGAAACGAAUAUCAGACAAAACAAAUAAACGAAAGAUUGCAAAUUAGAAUGUGUGCGCGUGAGUGAUUGAUUCGUAAUUGGAUGCCAGUGCCAUGUAAGUUUCAGAUUGUCAUCUAGCGAGAGAAUUUUAAUUGAGAAUAUACCUGGUUACUAACUGCUGCCAGUUUAUUACUAUUAUUACCUAUUAUUAUCUUCAUGAUUAUUACGGUUUAUGAUUAUUCUAUAUUAUGUUUAUUAAUUUACUUAAAUGGAAAAUUCUGCGAAAAUAUGAAGCUCGUUUUACGUAAAGGCAGAACUCUUGGUGCGGUCAGUCGAUCCAGGACGUCUUCUUAGAAGUUUUGGUUUGUUCGAGAAAUUUUAUACAUUACUGUUUCGUUUAUAUAUAUCAAAAAGUAAAAAAUAGGGAAUGUUGCUUAGGUAAUGGCUGACGUUGAUGGGUGAUCACAAUCUUAGGUUAAUAAUUAGUCUAAUAAUUAUUAAGUAUAUUAGUCUAUUGAUUCAUAAAUAAUGCAAUGAAGUAUAAGUAGUACUGUGUGUUUAUGUCCAAUUUCACGUGAAUAUAACCAGCAAUUAUUACUCAUUAAAUAUGUUUCAACCUAUAUUGCAAAUAAUUAUUUACACUACGGCCGCCAAUCUGGGAUUUGUAAAUUAAACCCCUCUUUAACGUAUUUCUUCGAUUUCUCUUAGAACAUAAAUGAAUUGUUAAUGUUGAAGUCGAUUAGUUUAUACUCGUUUUCUUUAUUUUUGCUUGUUUUACGAGUUUUGUAGGGUAGCUGCGCGAGGUAUUCCGGUGCUGCACAGCAGCGCAUAAUGUAAGAAUAAAUGAUUAAUAAAAUGUCUAGAGAGGCCGGGCAUUAUAUGAACGACGAAAGAAGAGAACUAUUAAAGUUUGUAAAGUGUGAACGUAUACUAAAACCGUGCGCGAAGGAUAUUACACUGAUAAAUUUUAUAAUUCACGUACAUACUUCUAUUUUUCUUCUCCGCGCUUAAAACUCGUGCCGAAUUUUACUUUCCAUUUUUCGCUCGUAAAUACUUAUACAUGUUUGUAAAGUUAUAGCAUACAUGAAAAGGUGCUAUAGCUGUCCAGCUUUAUUAUAUUCCUGUAAAACAAGAUGAAUGAAGACGAUAAAACUGCGCAAACUACGCCUCACGUAUAGGUCAAUUCCUUGAGAACUUCAUGAGUGAGUUGAGUUUGGAUCUUUAACGAAAAGAAUAUUUAAAAAAAAACACACUGUGCGACUUUGCAAUUUUCACGUAAAACAAAGUAGCAAUGUUUUCUUCUAUUUUUUUUUCUUUGUGUUAUUUUGGGACAAAGCGCUUAAUCUAAAUUGUGCUGCCGUGCUUUUAUUUUUUGUUUUGUAAUUAGUGGACUUGUAUAAAUAUUAUCCGCCUAAAAAAAAAUUGUUUUUGCGUCGCAUCGAAAAAUGUACAUCAAAUAUCUUAUUUUCGAUAAAUAUAUGAAGCGUUCUGUUAAAUGUGUAAUCGUAAGGUCUAUCAAGUUUUUUAUGUGUUUUUCUUUCUUCAGCUUCAAGUAAGCGAAUGCUCUGCAUUAGUUAUCCCGUAUUAAGUUACCAAAUAUAUUUCACGUGUCGCCGCCGAAAGUACUCCAGCCGCGAACGAUUUUCUCCUCGGAUACGUCAGCGUCGCAGCUGAAAGUUUCCAGAAAAUUUUUGCGACUUAACGAUACCUAGAAAUUAAGGCAAUCGAAAAAGACUACACUUUCGGUAUAAUCAUCAAUGGAUAAUUUGAGCACGAUUUCUCCGCGAUCUUUACGGGACGACUUAUAUGCGCCGAUUUCACAUAGACAAUAUAUACAUAUAUAUAUAUACAUACAUAUAUUUUAUCUUGUAUCAAGAUAUUAUUGUUGUCGAUGGAUCUGUUCUUUUUUCCUUUUUGGCGCACCUUUUUAAGAACGCUGAUGAGAGAAAUCAGAAUCGUGUAUAGAAAAAAAACGCACACCAUGUUAACACGUAUACACAUUUACAUUUACACGUACACAUUACAUACACAUUACAUACACAGACACCGAUUAUCAGUAAUAUCGACGGAAUGGUUGCCUUCAGGCCUUCAUCCUAUUUUAGGCAUAGCAUAUUUUUCUAACGUGUAUCGCAAUAUCGGAAUAAUCUUGCCUAGCGAGAGCGAUAGAAUGACCGAGAGAAAGAGAAAGAGGAAGAGAGUGAUUGAGGGAAUGCGUAUGUGAAGAAUAGAGAUGCCUGGGAGAAUGAGGCAGAGGAAUGCGUGCGGAAACAUAAAUGAUUUAUAGGAGAGGCGAGAGAAAAAGAGAGAUUGAGAGAAAAAAAGAGCGAGAGAGAGGAAAAAAAAGUUUAUCAGCGAUGAUCGUACUUGGCUGACUAUAUAAGGACGUAACACGAUGCUUGUAAUUAUUACGAUUGAUAUUAGUACGUUUAAGCUAUUAAAAAAGUAACAUCAACUUUAAUAUAUAUUAUAUGAUUACAAUUACCAUCCUCUUUGAAAUGCUUUAGACAUUUAGGUUUCGCGUACGUAAAGAAAGUUAGUGUGCUACGCUUUUUCCCUCUUUCCCUCCUUCUUAUUCCUCAACGACGCCUCAUCCUCUUUCUUCCCAGGCCUUUACGGGCCCUUUUGACAAUUCUUGAAACGUUUAAUAAUUAUAGCAGACUAUAUUUAUGUAUAUUUAAAAACAAAAUAUAUAUAAAUGCAUCGCCCCUAAACGAAAGCCGGAAAUCGUUUUUUGUGUGUUCUCGACUACUUUGUAUAGGGUUCUUUAAUUAGCACCUCAUCGAAUUAUAUUGUAGCCGUAAUGUACAAAGAAAAAGAGAGAAGAGAUGAGGUAACUUCUCCCGAACGUAUUUGAAUGAGGUGCGACCUUAUUUUCUCUGUAAUGAAAAUUUUUGCUGCAAUAAACGGUUUAUCUUUUA